AAAGAAAAUCUUGUGACUACGACGCGCUCAUCUGUAGAAGGCAAACGACCGCCAUUCCGAACUACUCAAGGAAUUCGCAUUACUCCUGGUCUCGGCUUCCAUAAUGAGGAAACGGUUGCUACUGAAAGCUCAACCCCUUCCACUACGGUUACGGCUCAAGUAUCCGCGUCCGUCUCCACGGCACGAGUAUCCGCGUCUGUCUCCAAUCUCACGACACGAAAAUCACCUUCAGUGCCAACAACCACAACUACUGAGAGCCGUCCUACCUCGGCAGAAUCAGAUGAAGUGACAACAGUAGCUUCCUCUGUGCAUGUGGCCCCAACACGUUCUCCACCGAUACCUCAGAUGACACUUCUGGAAGGUAGUGAGGACAACCAAGCUGAUGGCGGUAAUAAUGCUUUUCUUAACAAACCAUAA